CUCCGGCCAAGAUACGUACGUGGACCAGCCCUACCUAGUAAACUUCUUUGUAGAGCCAAUCAGUGAAUCCACGUUGACGUGUCGGACUGGUUAUACAUCUAACAACGACGAGCGCCUUUUCUUCCUCGCAAUUCCUCAAUUUUCAUUCUUUAGCCUUCACUCUUCUGGGCUUCAGUUGUUCUCAAACUUCUCUCUCCGCCCACCUUCAACAAUUACUCCGUACAUAACUCUACUUUCCUUGAGCAUACUCUGUAACAAACCCCCCACCAUGACGACCGACAACGAAACAAAAUCCCAACAACCCGUCGUCUGCGUUUUCUGCGGCGCCUCCUCCGGCACCUCACCGAUCCACCUCGAAGCCGCCCGCUCCCUCGCCCACGCCCUGCAUGCCCUAAACGCGCGCCUCGUCUACGGCGGCGGCACCGUCGGCCUCAUGGGCGAAGUCGCCCGCACCCUCGUCUCGCUCUCCGGCCCCUCCUCCGUCCACGGCAUCAUCCCCUCUCCCCUUGUAAAAUACGAGCAAUCGCACGACCCAUGCGACGACCGGGGCCACCGCAUCGACGAAGCCGUCUUCGGCCGCACCACCGUCGUCAAGGAUAUGCAUACGCGGAAGCAGAUGAUGGCGCGCGAGGUCAUUGCUGGGGGCCCCGGGAGCGGGUUCGUCGCGCUGAGUGGGGGGUAUGGGACUAUGGAGGAGUUGAUGGAGGUGACGACGUGGAAUCAGUUGGGGAUCCAUGAUCGCCCUGUUGUGAUAUAUAAUGUCGAGGGGUAUUGGAAUGGGUUGAUUGAGUGGAUAAGGAAUGCGGUCAAGAGUGGGUUCUUGAGGGAGAGUAAUGCGGGGAUUGUGGUCGAGGCGAAGACGGCCGAGGAGGUAGUGGCUGCGUUGAAGGGGUAUAGGAUUGUCGAGGGUAGGUUUAACUUGACGUGGGAAGGGGUCGGGUUGGAGCCGGAGGAUGAGGUCGAGCAGGAGAGCGUGCAGUGUAAGGAGUGAGGGGCAAUACCGGAAGAUGUGGCCUUUAAGGCGAUUGCAUAUGCAUGGAUUUAAGAUGGGCGCAUUUUCUGAUUUAUGCAUGGAGCUGGUGGUGAAGACGUACAUCAUCUCGCCGGCUUUGAGACAUUUGAAUGGCAAUGAGCGUUUUCAUGAGAAGCAUAAGGAUAAGGGGAUAGAUCAGGAUGAAACAUAUACCGAGAAUAGAGAAACUUUAAUAGAAAAUUAUAUCUGCCUGC